AUGGAGGCGUCGGCCAACUCCGUUCGGUCGCCCACCUCCUCAGCGCUCCUGCGCGAGCCGUUGCUCAAGUCCUCCGGAAGCAAGGUGACCUUGAGGAUCGCCUCCUCCUCCUCGCAGUCCAAGCUGCCCAAGAUCGACGACGAGGAACGCGCAGCAGCAAAGUCGUUCGUCCAGCAGCUGCGGCAGCUGCCGAAUGAGGUGUACGUGGUCCUUCUUGUGGAUUUCUUGAACUCGUACAGGUCCUUCGGGUUUCGCGCCGUGCAGUACCAGUACCUCACAAACGUUUUUGGCCUCUCGGAUCUCGAGGCGGGCUCGCUACUUGGCAUGCAGGCAUGGCUGCUCGUCGUCUUUGGCAUCCUUGGCGCGAUGCUCGUCGACGCCUUUGGUGUGCGCGCGACGGCGCUGAGCGCGCUGAGCGUGUCCGUCGCGGUGCUCUCCACCAGCAUAUACACGGUCGCCCUCAAGAAACUCACGACCCGUGCCAACCGCGCGUUCGCCUUUGGCAUCCAGUACGGCGUGUUCAAUCUGUCGGGGGCGCUCGCGGACGUUGCCGCGGACAUGCUGCGUCCUCACGACUUCAAACUGCCCGACUGGCUCCCCAGGAGCGUCCUCGGAGGCUACACCCACAUGUCCGGGCUGCGUGUGCACGUGCUUGUCACCUGGUUCGCCGUGCUCGCGGCGCUGGCGGUCGUGGUCCCUCUGCUCUUCGACUCGAUGGUCGUGCCGACGGAGGAGACGGAUCGGCCAGAGGGCCGCGCGGCCGCCGCCUUCCCGACCAGCUCGUCUGGCGGCUACUCGUCGCCACCGCCCUUCACCCCGGCCGAGCUCGCCAGCCUUCGAGAUCGGGCGACCGCCGAGGAGCGGACGCGCGGCUUCCUCAUUGCGAGAGCUCCAAAGGCGAAGCCGCCGCUGCCGUCGCUCGCCCCGAGCCCAAUCUUUGGGCGUGCCAACGUGGAGGCCCUCGAGAAGGCCACCUCGCCCAAGUCUUGGCUAGCGGCCGCCAGCGCGUCCCUCUUACGAGCCGCGGAGAAUAUCCGCGACCUCUGCGCGCUGCGUGAGUUCUGGCGGGCGCUGUGGCUCUCGAUCUGCCUGAUACUGCUCUCGAAGCAGUGGGGUGACAUGGACCAGCUACUUCCGGCCUUCCUCGAGCGCCACUUUGGCGUCAACUCGCCGAUCUUCACCAUCCACAGCAUCAACAUGUGGGUCUGCAUGGUCGGGCCGAGCGUCGCCGCCUCCCUCACCGCGCAUCUCGACGACUUCCGCGUGAUGCUGCCGGGGAUGUGGCUGAUGGCCUUCUCCCCCGUCUGGCUGGCCUACGACCCGGGCAUCCCGGCGUCCAUCACGUGGGUGUUCCUCCUCUCCGUCGGCGAAGUGAUCUGGUCGCCGCGCCAAUCGGCGUGGGUGGCCAACUUGGCACCCGACGGACGAGAGGGAGUCUUCCUCGCCCUACUCUCACUCAAGACGCUGGUGACCGCGCUGCCGAGCACCAUGCUCAACGGGUGGCUGAACAUGCACUUCCAGCCCAACUGCGAGUCGUGUCGCGACACGAUCGGCCACUUCUGCUCCGAGUCACUCAACAUCAGCGCGGGCGACGCGCAGAGCCUCGGCGUCAACACCGCCGUCCCUAUGCACGCGUGCCGCGCCGAGGAGAGCGGGCACCUCUGCGUCGGCGGCGACUUCAGCCCACGCCUCGUGACACCCCUCGACUCAUCAUCGUUCCUGCAGUGCCCGAGCACGUGCGUCGAGUGCCCCGGCUGGGAGAGCCACGCGUCUGAGAUGUGGUUCAUCGUUCUCAUCUGCUCCAUCUCGUCGCCCCUCAUGGUCUCACUCAGCCUCAGGUUCCUGCGCGGCGAAGACGACAAGGCCACGUCAGCGUGUCGUAUAGAAUAG